AUGUCUGUAAUAUCUGGACUUGAUUUUUUUCUUAAUGGGACUUCUAUUCCUCCAAUAUCAGGGAAGCUACUAUAUGGCUUUAAGAACAAAAAGAAGUCAAUGGAGGAGUGUGUUGAUGAUUGGAAGAAUUUAUCUGUAGAGGAAAAGAAUAUCUACAACUCUGAAUGUGAAAGGCUAUAUAAACUCAUCUUCAAAAAUAUAAAACCUCUACAGCCGUGGGAUUUUUAUGAUUUAAAACAAACAACACCUAGUCAUUUAUUCUACUUUCAUAAUUAUGCUUCACAACAAGCAAUAUACCCAGAAUUAAGUGAUGAUGAAAUAUGGAGGAAGUGUAGUAAUAAAUUGCUUGAAAUUAAAAGAGAUGAAAAAGUAAGUGAACUAUUCAAGUCUAAAUCAUCUGAAGUAAACAAUUACUUGCAGAUGAUUUUAAGAGAAGAACUACUUAGUGAACAAGAAUCAAGUGAUGAUAGCUCUGCAGAUAGUGGCUUGGGAAUAAAAGGGAAAUUAGUGCAAAAUAAGUACGUAGAGAAAGAAUUAGGAAAGCAGAGUGAAGUACUAAAUGACAAUCAUAUAGAGGGUGAACUUAAAAAGCAAGGUAGAAGACUGAAAAGUAGGUAUUCGAUAUCAAAUAGUGACUAA